UGGAAUUUCCAAUGUGAGGAGAGGAGAGGGGAGGGAGGACGUUGGCGCUGGGAGAUUUCUUGCCCAGGGGUGUUCCUGCCUGGCAAGCAAGAUGUGUACCUCGGGGUCUACCUCCUGAAUCAGUACCUGGAGACAAACAGCUUUCCCUCUGCGUUCCCCAUUAUGAUUCAGCAGAGCAUGAGAUUUGAAAAGGUAUUUGAAAGUGCAGUAGAUCCUGGAGCUGUAGUAGACCUUUUGGAAAGCUUCCUAACCAGGUUUGAAUUAAUACAGCUAGUUCCUCCAGUGUGGGAUGAGUUGGCCUACUAUGAAGAAAACACACGGGAUUUUCUUUUCCCAGAGCCCAAGCUAACACCUUCACACCCUAGGAGGUGUAGGGAGGUGCUCAUGAAGACAGCUCUAGGUUUUCCAGGCAUUGCUCCUAAAAUAGAGUUUUCUACAAGGACAGCCAUCAGAGAAUGUGUGUUUCUGCAUAGAAACAGAUUUCUUGAAGAAAGACAUAAGUCACGAAGGCCUUUAUCUACAUCACAUGAACCAGUAUUUCCCUUAAAUACUAUAAAGAUGAAACUAAAGGAGAAUAACCUCAACAGACUGCCCAAAGUCAUGCAAGCCCGGGCGCCCUCUCCAUAUUCUACCAGGCAUUUCUUCCAGGACCAGCCAGUUCAGUUGAACCUUGGAAAUAAUUUCAAAAUCUCUGGAGGAAGCAAGCCUCCAUUUGUUGUUAGACAUGUGGACAGUGCAAAGCCCUUUGGUGAGAAUAUUUCAGAGCAUCAUUUGAGGAGGUGUAGAAGAAAAUCUAAGUUUUCAGACUUUCCGUUUCCAAUGAGAAGAGCUUCUUCUCUUGACAGCCUUGCAGCUAACGUAAAGGUUAUCAGAGAGCCAGAUGAACGGAUUGUUUUAAGGAGAGACUCAUCAUCAUGUUUAGAUUCAAGUCAGUUUGGAAAGUCCUCAUCCAGUAAACAAGGGGAUGCUGAUUUCCACCGGAAAGCUUCAUUUGCCACCUCCCAGCAUUCCAGCUCUCCCGGACCCUUGGAUCAGCCCCUUCUCAGAGAAAGGUUCCAUCCUGGUUCUCAGUCCACAUGGAAGAAUAUCCAUGAGAGGGUAUGCAGUCUUCUGACAUCCCACAGAGCACAGCAGCACCAAAAUAAGGAAGAGUCUACCUCUGAAGUAAAUUAUAUCAUUGAAAGACCAAGCUACCCUCUGAAGAAAUACCCACUGCAUGAACAGAGAUAUUUUUAAGCUGCUGUCUUGUAUAAGGGAAAUUAAUGAAAGCUGAAGGAGGAUCAUAAAGAGCUCACUCACUGAGACAAUUGAAGCAUCCUUAAAGAAAUGAAUAAUUUUUGUUGUCUUUGUUGAGUCACUGAUGUCUAAUCCCCUUUAAACCAAAUGCUGUGCUCAGUCUUUUGUGCCCAGGUAAGAGUUGUUGAUUAAAAUGUUUGCUGUUUGGGGGCUCACAUUUUCUUGUCAAGCUGGAAAAUUUGUGUUUUUGCAUGUUUAUUUUGAACAUGAAAGAGAAAGCACUGUAGUUGGGUGGGAGAUGUUUAUCCAUUUGGAAAGCACUUCUUAGAAUUCUUAACAAAAAUGUCAAGAUGCCUUUUAAGGUAUUCUUCAUUUUUGACGGUGGAUGUGUUCUUGAAAACUUCUUUCUUUCUCUCUUCUUCCUUCUGAUCCCUUUCUCUCUCUCUCUUUCUCUCUCUCUCUCUUUCAUUAAUUAUAUAUGAGCUAGAGGAAGUUGCUAUUCACAGGAAUAACCUGAUAAAUCCUCCAGAAAAGACUGUCAACCUGACUUUCUCUUUUUGGUAUAUCCUUUUUUUGUUAUUGUUUAUAUCUUAGUGUUAGGCUUGAUUUACAUGAAGUCCACUAAAAACCUUGGAAAAGAGAGCAUUACAUCUGGAUAAUUCAAAUCUUGUUUUAAGUGUUGAAUUUCUGUAAUAAAUUUGUAAGAGGAGGCUAGCUCCUUUGGAGUGUAAACUGCUCCUUCUGUUUCCUACUCCUUUGUUCCAGCAAUUCUUUGUAAAUUUAGAUGAGGAACAAAACCUUCCUCAAAUAUCUCUCCAAAAGAACUACACAUUAAGUAAAUAGGUUCUACAGAUAGGACUGCCAAUGCCAGGUUUUAAAGUUAGUUAAGAAGGUGCAUUUAUGAAAUGCUUACACAGUGUGAGGGAGCAGGAAGAGGAAGGGGAUGGGAUAGGGAGACUAGAGGCACAUUUGUCUUCAUUGAUACAGACCCAGAGAAGAGGGGCCUGAAAAUGGAAACUUAUGUCCCUCCUUCACAGUAUAACCAUAGCAUUUUCCUCUACCAGCCCUACUAUAGUGUGAAUGUUUGUGUUCCCUCAAAAUUUGUAUGUUGAACUCCUAACCUCUAAGGACAUGGGGCCUUUUGGGAGGUGAUGAGGUUGUGAGGGUGGACCCCUCAUAAAUGAGAUUAGUGCCCUAUAAAUAGGCUCAAGGGAACUCAUUUGCCCCUUCCACUGGCGAGGAGACAGCAAGAAGGCGCCAUCUCUGAACCAGGAAGAGGGCCCUCACCAGAUUCUGAAUCUGCCGACAUUUUGAUCUUGGACUUCCCAGCUUCCAGAACUGUGAGAGAUAAAUUCCUGUUAUUUGUAAACUACCCAGUUCAUGACAUUUUGUUAUAGCAGCCUGAAUAGAGUAAGACACUACCCUAAAACUUGUUCAGUUUUUAGAAGAUUCAGUGAGAGGCAAGUUUUCUUUUCUCAUUGUGAUCAUAGGGAUUGGUUCAUUAGGUAAAUUAAGAAAAUGAAAUUAAAAAUUAGAAAAGGAACUCCAAAAACAAAAACAACAAAAUAAAAUUCAUUUAUCCUCUUCUCAGAAUUUCAGCCAAAUAAAGGUGUAUCCAAGUUGAACCUCCCAAUCUAAAAAUCUGAAAUCUGAAAUGCUCCAAAAUCUAAAACUUUUUGAGCACCAAUAUAACACCAUAAGUGAAAAAUUCCACAUCUGACCGCAUGUGGCAGGUUGCAGUCAAAUGCAUUUGAAACUUCGUUUCAUGCUUAAAAUUAUUUAAAAUCAUGUAUAAAAUUACCUUCAGGCUAUGUGUAUAAAGUGUAUAUAAAACAUAAAUGAAUUUCAUGUUGAGACUUGGGUCCUAUCCCCUAUCCUGAAGAUACUUCAUUGUGUUUAUGUAAAUAUUCCAAAAUACAAAAACAAAAACCAAAACCCAAGUUUAAAACACUUCUGGUCAGUCCCAAGCAUUAAAGAUAAGGGAGACUCAACCUGUAUCACAACCAGCAUUCCACCUUGGCAAGGCCGACAGCAAGCUUAAAUUACAUGUGCUAAUAUGUUCUCAGUCUCUCUGAAACUAUGGUUGUCAAUUUGUUAUUUUGAUGUUACCUCUAAGUAGUCAUCAAAAAUAAGAAAAUAUUGUGUUACAUUAAGGUUAUGCUAUAAGUCUCAGCUAAAGGAAGGCAGCCCUAAUGAAUUGGUAUCCCAUUUCAUUUAUUGUUAAAAUAUACACCAUGCAUUCAAUAUUCAGUGUUUUUUGAAAUGCUUUGAGCAUAACUCUUUAAUUUAAUAAGAUCUUAAAUACCCAUUCUUAUUUAAAGUCAUUUUUGGUUUUCACACUAAAUUAUACUUUUUUCCCUCUACUUUCUCAUUUAUUAACUCUAUUUCUUAAAUUAUUAUCAUUUUUACUUUUUGUUUCUCAAGGGGUUAUCUCAAUUUUGAGGAAUCAUGCUGGGGCAAGGAUUGCAGUUGAAGUAUUUUGCUUUUGGAGUAUAUAAUAGUAUGAAUAAUUUUGUGAUGUUUGGGGGUUUGGAUUACUUUGGGAAGAUCUGUGUCAUUAAACAUCAUAAAAA